AAAUGAAAAAAAAAAAAAACUCUUUGGUCUGUGAUACAUAUUGAUUUAAGAAUUUUGGAAUAAAUUUAGUUUCAUUAAAUAGUCAUUUGUUGCGCUUUAAAUUUAUAAUUUUAGUAUUAGUAAAACAAAUUUUUAUUACGUCUAAUUUUGUACCGCCAUACGUGCAUUGAAAUCAACUCUAUGUGGUGUUUACAGUAUAACAAUACCAAACUAAUCUAGCAAGAAAUCACAUCCCUUUGAAUUUUAACUUUUUAUAUUGUUCAUAAUGAGCAAUCAAAACGAUUUAUGUUAUGAGAAAGCUUUAGGAUAUUGGGCAGAUAUACCACCUACCGUGGAUGGUGUACUUGGAGGUUUCGGGUUUAUAUCAGACAUGGAUAUUGACGGAUCAAAAUUAUUUCUGAAAUCAUUGUUUUCAUUAAAAAAUCCGCCAGCUUCACACACGGCACUAGAUUGCGGUGCCGGAAUUGGAAGAAUAACAAAAUAUUUGCUUCUCCCUUAUUUCCAAUCUGUUGAUGUUAUCGAACCAGAUGAAAAAUUCUUAAAUACCAUCACAGAUUUUGUUGGAGAAGAAAGAACUAAAUUAGGAAAUUUUUAUAAUGUCGGACUUCAAAAGUUUAAGCCCGAUAAGAAGUAUGAUGUCAUAUGGAAUCAAUGGGUAUUAGGAUACCUUACGGACAAAGAUUUAAUAUCUUUCCUUCAACUAUGCAGGAAUGCUCUGUCUGAAAAUGGUGUUAUUGUUAUAAAAGAAAAUGUAACAUCAUCUGGCAAAUUAGAAAAAGACGAAACAGAUUCUUCUGUAACUAGAUCACUCAAGCAAUUUUUAAAAAUAUUUAAAACUGCCAAUUUAAGGCGUAUUAAACAAUGCAAACAAACAAAUUUUCCUAAUGGUAUCUAUCCUGUAUACAUGUUUGCUCUAGUACCUAAAAUAAAUGAAUUGAUAUGCAAUAAUAUACAAGACUAGCUGUA